ACACAGUCAUGAAAAAGACCUCAGAAGGUGGACAGAACUCCAUUAUGGGUCCUUCACAUUCCUUCCUGAUUCCAAAGGACGACAAGAAGAUCCUAGAAGCCACCAAGAAGAUCAUAGAGCUGCUGACAGGAGAGGUUCCUAUAAGGUGUCAGGAUGUCACUGUCUAUUUCUCCAUGGAGGAGUGGGAGUAUUUAGAAGGACACCAGGAUCUCUACAAGGAUGUCAUGAUGGAGAAUAAGCCGCCCCUCACAUUACCGGGUAAGAGGAGAGAGCAGUACGGAGGGUCCACCUAGAUCCCCCAUC